UUGAUCAUAUAGUACAGGCGCCAUUCCCAACUGCUAUAACCAAUUCAAAGCUAUGUUUACAUAUGCACAUGUAUAAAUAGAGGUCCACUGGCCAUCACCUCUCCCUAUCUCUCCGAUUUCUGCACUCCCAGCUAACAGGCUCGAGAUUUGCCAAGUUAAGAGCCGCAGUGUUGGAAGAGCUAGCAUCGAGAUCGAGCUAGCUGUCGAGAUCAGACCAGUGAUCAGCAGUUGGUAGCCGCUCGCGUGAGCAUGAUGAAGCCGUGGUUGGUGUUUGCAUGGGCAGUGCUAGUGGCCUCCUCGGUGGCGCGCGCGUCGCCGCCCCUGGAGGUCGGGUACUACAAGCACACGUGCCCGCAGGCCGAGGAUAUUGUGCGCAACGCCGUCCGCCGCGCCGUCGCCAGGGACCCCGGCCUCGCCGCCGGACUAAUCAGGAUGCACUUCCACGACUGCUUCGUCAGGGGAUGUGACGCGUCGAUCCUGAUCGACUCGACGCCGGGGCACGAAGCGGAGAAGGACUCGCAGGCGAACAACCCGAGCCUGCGCGGGUUCGAGGUCAUCGAGGAGGCCAAGGCCAUCGUGGAGGCGCACUGUCCGCGCACGGUGUCCUGCGCCGACAUCGUGGCCUUCGCGGCGCGCGACGGGGCGUACCUAGCCGGCGGCAUCGACUACCUCGUCCCCUCCGGCCGCCGCGACGGCCGCGUGUCCGACGUGGACGAGGUGCUCGAUGACAACGUGCCGUUCCCGACCUUCACCGUAGGGGAGCUCGUUGAGAACUUCAGGCGCAAGGGGCUCUCGGCCGACGACAUGGUGACGCUGUCGGGCGCACACACCAUCGGCCGGUCACACUGCUCCUCGCUCACGGAGCGGUUGUACAACUUCAGCGGUGAGCCGGAGCGAACGGACCCGUCCUUCGACCCGGAGUACGCCGCGGACCUGAAGCGGCGGUGCCCGCCGUCGACGGACGACAUGGAAGACCGCACGACGGUGCCGCUCGACCUGAAGACGCCGACCAGCCUCGACAACCAGUACUUCAAGAACGUGCUGGCGCACAAGGUGCCGUUCACCUCAGACCAGACGCUGCUCGACAGCCCCUGGACCGCGGGGAUCGUCGCGUUCCACGCCGCAGUCGGGAAAGCGUGGGAGGCCAAGUUCGCCGCGGCGAUGGUCAAGAUGGGCGCCAUCGAGGUGCUCACUGGCGACGAGGGGGAGAUCAGGGAGAAGUGCUCCGUGGUGAAUCACUACUAGUUGGCAUGGUUACCGAAUCAAAACACAAUUUCAACCAGGGUUUUGGGUUUGUCAGUCGGCUCUUAGCACAAUUAUACAUUUAGUCUCGGGUAUGGUUCUCAAUGUUGUGAAGGCCCGUACAAGCUCGGGCUUAUUUUUGUUUAUUCUUUUACUGCUUGCAAUAUUAUUUCUUUUUUGUUUAACAAAAAGAGAUGUUUCCCACAGCGAUAAAUUCCUUGGCCUGAGUACCCAAAACUAGGCUGUUAUUUU